UCUAGAAAGUACUAUUCGUAUUUUCACGUUAAUUUAAAGCAACUUUCUCUCAACACUGAAAUGAGAUGAGUGAGAUGGGUAAUCUCAGCAAGCAGCUUCUUAUGCUCUUUCUUUUCCUCUUUGCAACUCUUCACUUCCCUUCUUCUUCCUUCGCUGAGGUCUUCUUCGAAGAGAGGUUCGAAGAUGGAUGGAAGAGUCGUUGGGUUUUAUCAGAUUGGAAAAGGAGUGAAGGAAAAGCUGGUACCUUUAAGCACACUGCAGGAAAAUGGCCUGGAGAUCCUGAUGACAAAGGUCUCCAAACAUAUAAUGAUGCCAAGCAUUAUGCCAUAUCUGCGAAGAUACCAGAGUUGAGCAACAAGAACAAGACACUGGUGGUCCAGUAUUCUAUUAGGUUUGAGCAGGACAUUGAAUGCGGCGGUGGUUACAUCAAGCUUCUUUCUGGUUAUGUCAAUCAGAAGAAGUUUGGUGGGGAUACUCCGUAUAGUCUGAUGUUUGGACCAGAUAUAUGCGGCACACAGACCAAAAAGCUGCAUCUUAUACUAUCAUACCAGGGGCAGAACUACCCCAUUAGAAAGGAUUUACAAUGUGAAACAGACAAAAUGACUCAUUUCUAUACAUUUAUUCUAAGGCCUGAUGCCUCUUAUAGUGUCCUUGUUGAUAAUCGAGAAAGAGACUCUGGAAGCAUGUAUACAGAUUGGGACAUCCUUCCUCCAAGGAAGAUCAAGGAUGUCAAUGCCAAAAAGCCGGCAGACUGGGAUGAUAGAGAGUACAUUGAAGAUCCUAAUGAAGUCAAACCAGAGGGGUAUGAUUCAAUCCCAGCUGAAAUUCCUGAUCCUAAAGCCAAGAAGCCUGCUGACUGGGAUGAGGAUGAAGAUGGACUAUGGAAGCCCUCCAAAGUGCCCAAUCCAGCAUACAAAGGGCCAUGGAAACGCAAGAAAAUCAAGAACCCCAAUUACAAGGGAAAGUGGAAGAUCCCAUGGAUUGACAACCCAGAAUUCGAGGACGAUCCUGAUCUUUAUGUGUUGAAACCAAUAAAAUAUGUGGGCAUCGAAGUGUGGCAGGUGAAGGCUGGUUCAAUUUUCGACAAUAUUUUACUUUGUGAUGACCCACAGUAUGCAAAGCAAAUUGUGGAUGAAUAUAUGGCUAAUAAUAAAGAGGCUGAAAAAGAAGCUUUUGAAGAAGCAGAAAAGGAAAGAAAGGCUAGGGAAGAAGAGGAGGCGCAAAGAGCAAGAGAAGAGGGCGAGAAGAGGAGGAGGGAGAGGGAUCAUAAAUAUGGAGAUAGGCGGCGCCGUAGAAGGCCGGAUCCCCAUGAGUACAUGGAUUAUCAUGAUGAACUUUGAAAGUUUGUGCACUGCUUCAGCUUGUGGUGGUUGUCCUCUGCAAAAAUCUAUGCUAUCACUCUUGAAGGUUUUUCAAAGCUAUUUUGUACAAUCUUAAAACAUAUUUAAUGUGUAUCAGAAGAAUAUCUAUUAUCUAUAAUUAUUCGUUUUUUGUUUAUAUAGUAAUUCUUAAAAUCUGAAAAAUGAAUGAUUAUAGAUAGAUAUUCUUAAAAUGCGGAUUAAAUUUAACGAAAAUGCCUCCAGAAUUAUGCAAUUAUUUUUCCCUUUUUUUUCUUUUGAGGGUUGUGAGUGAAAUUGUAGGACCAAAGCUGCAAUUGCACUGAAAUGAUGAGCUGUACUGAACUGUACCAUAUUGAUUAGAUAUGGGCUUCAGCAAUUUAUGUUAACUUUGAUUUUCUAUUGAA